AUGCCUACUGUCUAUGAAGCAUAUCAAAUCGAACAUGGGAAAACACAAGAUUAUCACGAGAAAAAAUAUAAUAUCAGAUUUCUCAAUUAUGGUCAUGGGUUAGUUAAUUUUUCUGGUUGUAACUAAUUUAUCAAUUUAAGAGUGAAUAUUGAAAAAAACGGAGUUGGGGUUGAAGUGGAUCCAAAUAUUCCAGCAUGUUUCGCAUUUUCUUAUGAAGAAUGUUCAGUUGAAUCAGUUAUUGAAUUGAAAACACUUGGAAUUGAUGUAAGUUUAUUUUUUUGUUCUAAUCACUGAUAAAUGCUUUAAAAAAUCAAUUUUCUAAUCUACCACUUUAUUUUCCAGGAUAGUAUGAUGAAUCAUAAUCCGCCAAAAAUUGAAAUAACUCAAAUAGUUAAUCAUCGGAUCGAUUGUUCAAGUUCAGUGAGAUUGGUAGCACAAUUAUCUGAUAAUCCAAGAUUUUAUGAAACAAGUAAAAUAACAGAAUUUUCUGACACAAAUGGAAUGGCUCAAAAAUCAUGGACAAAAGGACAACGUAAUUAAUAUUUUGUAGUGAUUAAUUAAUCAAUUCAGUAAUUUUCAGGUCCUUGUGCGUGGGAGAAAUUAACUAUCACACUUCAUAAUUAUUAUGCUCCUGGAACGCGUUGGUUGAAGGUGUUUGUUGCUGGAAAAGGCAAUGAAGAAAGAAAAGAUGGGCAUUUUGGACCAAAAAUUGGAAAACUUCUAGUUAAAGUUAGUUUUAUGUUGAAAAUUUUGAAUUCUUAAAGGCGGAAUCUGAAAGAAAAAAUGAGUUUGAAUCAAUUCUGAAAUCUAUUCACCUCCGACUUCAAUAUUUUAUCUAUUAUUUUCAGGUGACAAAAGAAGGCGAAACUGAACCUAUAAUUGGACAAUCAAUGCCACGAAUCCCUGAAUCAAAUAGUGAUAUUAUUGAUAACAAUAGUAAUAAUUAA